AUGACGGGGCCAGUCGUGGAUGCGGCCGAGAUGCACUCGCUGCUCGCCCACUACAACCUCAGCGUCGAGGUAUUUGAGUCCGCUGCCCGCGACGUCGUCAUCGAGCACCUGGUCCGGCUGGCCGCGCACGGCGACUACGUGCCAGCGCUCAGGGUCCGCCACGUCGGCGCUCCAACUUCACACUCCAGUAAUACGAGCAAGAGCAGUGGGGACGAGUGCUGGCUGGAGCCGGGCUCUCCGUCGCGGUUGGCGUCCCUCGACGCAGCCAUCCUGUCGGGUCAGGUGGCAGCAUUGCUCUCCAAGGCACUCCAGUUGACCAUCAGCACGAACGAAGUGGAGCAAGCCGCCGCUCUCCGAGGAAACCGCAGCUCUGACGACGGGUCGGAGUUCGAGCGCGAUGCGGCUGCUACCGCAGAACUGAUGGACGUGCGCCGUCUUCUCUCGGACAGCCCACUGUGGGUGGCCGCCCUCAACGCCAGCCUUCCUUUCAUCGAGGCAGCGAAUUUUAUUUGCCGGGUGGCGGAGCCAGACACGGUGUCGGCAGAGCUGCAUCUCCUGGAGGCGGCCCCGCUGCAUUCACUGCGAAUGUACCUGCUACUCUGCUGCACGGCAGACCUGCUGCGCAGCGAGCUGCGCAAGUUCGAUGCUGGAUUCUGGGCAGCUGGUGCGUGCAUUGACGACCUGCGCCGCAUGCACCGCGUGCAAACAUGGAACCGGCUGCUGUGGCUCGUCGUGCAACCCUGGAACAAGGACCUGAAGGUUCGCGAGCAGGUGUACUCGGUGCGAGAGCAGCUUCUGCUCUUCGUCAGCCAGAGCAGCGCGCCGUUCGAGCUCAAGUUGAACGUCACUGACGCCCUGAGGAAUUUGUCGCUCGCCUACGCCAGGUCGCGGGAACCGGACGACUCGGCCGUGGCCCUGGACCAGCAGCAGUCCAAGCAGCCGGACCUAGAGCGGAACGAGAGCGCUGACCGGAAGUGGCCGUACUACGCGAUGCUCGACGAGCUGGCCAUGCGCAAGGCGGCUUCGCGCACCGACGGAGCCGACGCGGCGCUGCCUCAGCUGGCCUUCAACUACACCGAGAAUCGCCUGUACCUGUCUCUGGGCGCACUCGUUCCUCCGUCCUUCGACGAGAGAUACUCCAAGGACUCGGCGCUGCAACUGACUAACAACCGGUUGGCGACUGAGCGACAGCGCAACCGCAUACGGCUCGUGUUCCAAGCAGCGUGCGGUAGCAUAUGCAGCGCGUCGUCUUCGCGGGAUCCCGAGCGACGUCCACUGGUCCGGAGUGAGGACAGCGACGGCUGGCGCCUUGACGCCCACCGGACCGUGUGCCACGCGGCGGUUCUGAACGCGCCAGUCUUUUUCCGGCUCUUCGACUGCGAGCCCACGUCCCGCAUGGCGCAAGCGGGCGUCUGUCCACUCGCAUGAGCCAUCGUAGACUCGCUCUAAACCAGGAAGUUUGGGAGCGUAGCACCUUGAAAGGCGUGACUAUUUUUUGUACCGACAUUACAACAGGAGUGGCCUCCUGAUGGCGCCUAAUAAGAGGUGUGACUAUCUUUUGCGUCAAAUACUAACUUAUAACGAGCUCAC